AGGGGGCGUUGGUGGUGGUGGUGGUGACGCUGGGGAGGCAGGGAUUUGUGUUACAUUGCUUUGGUCGGCACUGGUCAGUCUUGCCACACAGUUUCCUAAUAGUGAUCAGUGCAUAUUCCUGGCGGUGGUGGUGGUGUGAUUACAUUGUUUUGGCAGGGGCGCUGGGGAAGGAGGGAUUGGUGUUACAUUGUUUUAGUCAGCACUGGCCCGUCUUGCCACACACUCUCCUAAUAGAGAUCAGUGUUUGCAUAUUCCCGGCAGCUUCUUCCUCCGUCAAGCAGCACCAGAGACACAGCUACUUAAGAAUGGGUGAAAAGAAAUUGGAAAUAUGUGUAGAUUCCCUGGACUCAGCAAUAGCAGCAAUGAAGGGUGGAACAGAUCGUAUUGAACUGUGCUCAGCACUCUCAGAGGGUGGACUUACACCUACCUUGGGACUUCUUCGAGCAGUGCAGAAACACAACUCAAGACAUAUAGAAAUAUUCUGUAUGGUCCGUCCUCGUGGGGGGCCCAUGGUGUACUCUGAGGGUGAGGCACAAAUCAUCAUGGAUGAUGCUGCUUCCUUGAAGAAGGGAGGGGCUGAUGGACUUGUGUUUGGAGCAUUAAACAUGGAUGGAACACUCAAUCAAGACCUAAGCAAACAGUUCAUACAGGCUGCAGGUGGUCUGCCAUGCACAUUCCAUAGAGCUUUUGAUCUUGUUCAGGAUCCUCUUGGUGAACUAGAAAAUGUAAUACAGCUAGGUUACCAGAGAAUUCUGACAAGUGGUGGCAAGCCAACAGCGCUGGAAGGGUGGGAUACUCUAAAGCAGCUAACAACUGCAGCAGGUGGUCGCAUUACAAUCAUGGCUGGAGCUGGGGUGAAAUCUAGUAAUGUAGCUGACAUUAUUCAGAGAACUGGAGUUACUGAGUGUCAUGCUUCAGCUAAGGUUUGCAGGGUGUUUGAAUGCAAGAGUGCUGAGGAGGUUAGAAUGGGGGCCAACAAUGAUAAUGUUGUUUGGGUGACCAGUGAAGAGGAAGUACAUGCCAUAAAGUUAGCCAUAGACAACAGUUAGUCCCUCAUCUGCAAGUCAAGGUUUUCCAACACAAUCUGCUACAAACUUUUUGUAGUUUAGUAUUCACAGCAGAAGAGCUUUUAUUUGCAUCCGUCCAUUGCAAUCUCUCUCUCUCUCUCUCUCUCUCUCUCUCUCUCUCUCUCUCUCUCUCUCUCUCUCUCUCUCUCUCUCUCUCUCUCUCUCUCUCUCUCUCUCUCUCUCUCUCUCUCUCUCUCUCUCUCUUCUGCAUACCUCUUCAGUCACAUUUUUUUGAAGAUCCAUAUAUUGUUUGUUACAUUGAACUUAUUGUUAAUAAGAAAUGGCUUCAGAGAACAUGGAUAUGGAGUUAAAAUUCUGGGAAACUGGCAUAUUUAGUUAAUUUACAUUGUGAUUUUCUAAAGAAAUGCAAUAAACUUAUUGGAAAACUUUAAGAAACUUAAUAUUUGGUGUCAGCAACUUUAAAUGAUGGAGCCAGUGGUUUUAAGUAAAAAAGAACAAGUAAAUUAUAAAUGAUAGAUAUUGCAUUGAACUAGCAGUAGGGAGUUGGGUUACUGGACAUACAGAAGUCUAUAAAUAAUCUGCUGCAUUUA